GAAAACGGAGUCGUGCGGUGAACGCCUGCGUGUCCCUUUUAAAACAAACCCAGCGCCUGUCAAUCACCGCGCAUUCCAACCAAUCCCAAAGCUCCCUUUUUUUAAAAGCUGCUCUGCCUGCUGUGCUUUUAUAUUGCACCAUGGCCUGUUUCGAAGCAUUUUUACUACCACGGUUAUUGCCACAAAUCAAGAGGGCAAAGUAAACGGCAUGGGACUCACACCAACUUUAACGAAUCCGAGUCUGGUUCCUACUCCUGCGAGGUUCACGGCCAAGAAUUUCACAUGCAGAUGAUAUACAGACAGCGAAAAUGGAGAGGGGACGUCUAGGUGUAUCCUGAGUGCUGAAUUGGUCGAUUUUGCAAACUCACAACAACAAAAAAAAAAAAAAACAUGACAAGCCUUUCGAGGUUUAGUGGCUGCCCUCUCUCUUGCGUCAACCCCGGGGAGAGCAAUACUGAACCCAGCGUGGUGCUGCCACCUUUGGCAGGAGAGCACAUGGGACUCCCCACUGGCAGUUCCUUAAAACUCUGCCCCUCGCACAAUUUGCGAGACUACCCCGAGACGAGGUCCAGUGCAUAUGUUGACCAUUCGGUUCCCAAUUUUUCAGACUCUGGAUACCACAGCCACCGGUUAGAGCACAGCCCCAGGGGCAUUAUCAUUGGAGCCAAUCUUUCUGGAGCCGGCAUGCCACCCGUCACUGAUCAACUGGCAUCAAGAGCCAACCAACAUGGCGGGAUUGGAAGGUAUCGUGACUUCCCCGGCUACAGAGACAACAGAAGCCAUCAUUUUUUUUCCAGCUACCAGGAGCAGGCCCACACCUCCGGCGACGCAUCUCGAGACUUCGGCAGCCAGAUGAUGCUGGGUCUACCUGGCGACCUCCUCGGCCGGACUCACCCUUAUGGCCAAACUAUCAACCCCAAGGGAAACAGCCAGCAGCUCGUCUCCCAAUUCCUGGGUCUGUACAAACCCCUCAACAUGGCAAUUCAGCGCGGAGGAGGCGACGCGUUCCUCAGGUGCUCUAAGCAAAUGGUGAAGCACGAGCUGGUGUGCAAGUGGAGUGACUGCCAAGAGGGGGCCGGGAAGCUCUCCUGCUCCAGAGCCUUCGGGACCAUGUAUGAACUUGUCACCCAUGUGACAGUGGAGCACGUCGGAGGACCAGAUCACUCUGAAUAUGUCUGUCACUGGGAGAACUGUGCGAGGGACAGGAAGCCGUUCAAAGCCAAAUACAAGCUGGUGAACCACGUCAGAGUCCACACAGGGGAAAAGCCCUUUCCCUGCCCCUUUCACGGCUGUGAGAAAGUUUUUGCACGAUCAGAGAAUCUUAAAAUCCACAAGAGGACUCACACAGGUGAAAAGCCUUUUAAAUGCGAGUUCGACGGCUGCAACCGGAGGUUCGCGAACAGCAGCGACCGGAAGAAGCAUUCUCACGUGCACUCCAGCGACAAACCCUACACGUGCAAGGUCAGGGGCUGCGACAAGUGUUACACCCACCCGAGCUCCCUGCGAAAGCACAUGAAGCUCCACUGCAACCGGGCCCUCGACGCCAAAAGCGAGGACCUGCGCCCCUGCGACGGCGGUCACGACGCGCAGGGGCGCAGGUCCACCCGCGUCCCGGACGGAGCCCACGUCGGCUCGCCCCACCCGCCCACCUCGACGACUCGAGACGUCCCCCCGUCCCCGGAGAGCCGAGACGAGUCGCCCCCGAGGUCACGUUUCCAUCACGCGUUUGACAGCGGCCUGGACUACUCCGCGCACAGGUCGCAGCCCCUCUUGGACCCUGCGUUGCUGCAGCGGGGCAGCUACAGGUCCCAGUCCUCCCAGUAUCCCUGCGGCCAGACGGGUCACACGUUCGCCCAGAGCUCAAGGACUUUCCCCUCCACCUCUCCCUUUCAGAAAAGCAUCGUCAAUGGAUGGUACACAUGCCACAGUGGCGUGGACUCGUUCCCAUCAAAGCAAUGUAACAACAGCCCGUCUCUGUGAAUAGGACACAUGCGGCCGAUGGAUUUCCUUCUCUCCAUGUUCUAACCUUAUCACUUGCAGCUCUGCUACUCUGUGUAUUUUUUGUGUGGAUGUUGUAUCAAAUAUUUCGUGACACACACACACACACACGUCAACCUGUGAUUGCCGUAAUGUGUUCAGCUUUAUCUGUUGUCGUGGGACCUGUUUGGGUGGUUUUUGGCGUCCGGCCCAUAGUCGCAUAAACCCCACAGUGGGUUCUGGGACUUUACAAAGUGUAUCUGCGUAAUCGUUCGCUGUGUUGCGUAAUUAUUCAAGAUAUGUAUCUUAAGUGAGACAGAAAAAAAAAUGGGAUUUUAUGGAAAUCUUUUGAGUCCUCUGAACUUUAAAUAAAGAAAGUGAAAUAAAAAGGAGACUUCUUGUUGAAUGUAGCCCUGAGUGUGAGGGUCUCUGUUGAAUGUAAACUAGAUGUAAUGUGUCUCUGAAAGGUAGAAGCAUUAUUUGUGUCUUUAUGCAGCUGUACGUCACUCUUAAGUUAAGAACGAGCCUGACGCAUGAUCUUCGUGUAAUUGAAAUACUGCGAGGCUCAGUGUUUUUGUCUUUCUUUCUUUUCUCUAUACCUUUGAUUAAGUUUCACUAUUUGCCCCCUUUACAGAACACACUCGUAUUCUUGUUGGUAUUCUGUAUAUUCCACAUUUCCGUGCAAACUAAGACGAGUGUGAGCUCAAACCAGUGUUCGUGAUAUCAUGAAAACGUUUAAUUAGCCUACGGUUUUACUGUACAUAAGCCUACUGUAUGAUUCAUUAUGUAUUCUAUAUUUUAUUAAAGUGUCUAUAUUCUCUUUGA